GCCGGCUGCUUUGGCUAAAGCGGCGCGAGGCCAUAAUGCGGCGAGGCCGUUAUGCGUCGAGCUUCACCGGCAUCCCAUGUCGUCACCCUGCCCCACGCACGCCAGGGGCAACAUGCCUUUGCUUGCUCGCCUGCCUCUGUAUAUAUACAGCAGCCUCUCUCCCACCCAUCUACCAGCCUCAUUAGCCACCAGGACCUAGCUGCCUAGCUAGCUAAGCCUGACCGCAACUCAGCAGCCACCUGAGAGCCAGCUCCAGCAGGACCAGUCUUGAUCUGCGCCGGAGGUUGAUCGGCCGAGGUAGCAGCCGGUACCGGUAGCCAGCGCGCGAUGGCGAGGGUCCACCCCAACGUGCUGCCGUCGCCGGCUGCUGAGAGAGCCGCGGCGGGGCCGCCGGCGGGCGAGGAGGAGGAGCCGACGUCGCUGACGGUGUGGCGCAAGUCGCUGCUGUUCAACUGCAGGGGGUUCACGGUGUUCGACGCCAAGGGCGACCUCGCCUACCGCGUCGACCGCUACGACGACGCCGAGGCCGAGGUCGUCCUCAUGGACCCCGCCGGCCGCCCGGCCUUCACCGUGCGCCGCAAGCGCCUGAGCCUGUCCGGCGAGCAGUGGCUCAUCUUUGCGGGCGAGGAGGCGCGGCGCCCCGUGUACGCCGUCAAGCGCGGCGGCGGCAAGUCGAUGGCGCGCGUGGCGCCGUGUGCCGGGGCGGCGCCCUUCGAGGUGGAGGGGUCGUACGCGCGGCGGUGCUGCGUGGUGUACGACGGCGAGCGCCGGGCCGUCGCCGAGGUGCAGCCCAAGGAGGCCGUCGGCACGGACGUGUUCCGGCUGGUGGUGCAGCCGGGCGUCGACGUGUCGCUCGCCAUGGCCGUGGUGGUGGCGCUCGAUCAGAUGUUUGCGAGGCCGUCGCUCCUCAGGAGCUGGUCCUCGUAGAUUCCUAUUUUGCUUGUUCAAUAUAGACAGAUUUUUGCCCCUGAUCCUGGGGUUGUGGAUUAUCACUGGACGCUGAUAAUUCGAUUGAUCUGCCUGCUCCAACACCCUGGUCGGGCCAUUUGAGAUUUUUUUUCUUCUUCUCUGUAGCUUCUCUUUGGACGCAUCACAUGAAAUCCCUCUCGAUUCUCUUUGGUUGUCGCCGAUCCAACCAAAAGCCAUGAAUCUUGUAAAGAGGGACGGAGAUGUAAAUAUGUAUAUCGAGAAAGAAAAAAAAAGAACUACCAGACAUCCUUUUUUGGUUAUUACACUGCUA